AUGCAGCUGCGCCGCGCGCUUGGAUCGGCGCUCGUGCUGCUGUGCACUGUGUAUGCCGCAUCCUAUGAUAUCACAGACGCACGGCUUUCUGUAUCCUCGUUCGAUGGCGCCGUGCGCCUGAGCAAGACAUACGCAAAUAAAGCCCAGGCCGCUAAAGAUCGCGCGAUGGUGACCAUGGCGCCGGACGAUGUGGUAAAGCUUACUUUCAGCGUCACGUCCUCUGAUAACGGCAAGAAGCUCGACGUGGAGCGUUUUCCCGAGCAAGUAUUUGUCGCGCUGGAAAACCUGGAUUCCUCAGCGGGACAAGUGCAUGUAUGGCCGCUCAAGAUGCGCACCGCCACCGUGAGCUCGUCGUGGAGUGUGCGCGUGGACAGGUUGCCUCAACACGUGAAGGAAAUGCUGGCUAAUGCUGGCGACGCGGCGACGUACAGCGUCUCGCUCAUGCUUGGCGGAUUCGCGCCGAGCACGAAAAAAGAGCUCGAUGCCGACGUGAUUACAUUGAUGCAGUUGCGUUUCGAGCAGGGCAUGUUUGCUAAGUAUGCACAUACGCGUCCAAGCGCGCGCGCGCUUGCCGAAGAGGCAAAAGGAUUUCAUCCGUGGCCUGCGAGGCACCAUACGUUUGCAACAGAGCCGUGGAAGACGAUGCCCCCUGCGAUAGUGAGCCUUGUGAUUGCUAUUGCCAUCUUUUGUGGCCCUUGGUUCUUGCUGCUCUCGCUUUGGUCGUCUGUCAUGCCGGGAAUGAACCGACUUUCAUGGGAGGGCGCGACGCUAGGCACAAGCAUCGCUGCGCUCGAGGUCCUCGCUGUUGUGUACUGGGUAGGCCUCUCCCCCUUUUACGUGUUUCCCGCUGCUAGUAUCUUGGCCGUGUUUGCGCGCAUCAGCAGCAAGCACGCGAUCCAACGCGCCGGACCGUCCCCAUAG